AUGGUGCGGUCUAACAAUGUAGGAUACGACCGCCACAUCACGAUCUUCUCCCCUGAUGGCAAGUUGUACCAGCUUGAGUACGCGCUCAGGGCGGUCAAAUGCUCCAACCUGACUGGACUGGCCGUGAAGGAUGACAACGCGAUCGCAGUGGUUUCGCAGAAAAAGCUGUCGGCUCAGCAGGGCAAUCAGGACGUGCUGCUCGACCAGUCGUCCGUGACGCACCUCUACCAUAUCACCGACGAGGUUAUGGCCCUUCUUAUCGGGUUUCCAGGUGACUGUAUGAGCAUUCUGUACAAGAGUCGUGAGAUCGCACUGGAGUACCAGUACAAGUCUACACCCAGCACGCAUACAUGCGCCUGCAGCGUAGGCGCAAAGGAUCAGGAAGGCGAGAAUGCGUUGGAGCGUAUCUUGAAGCAGCGCGAGACCGUCACGUUGAAGGAGAAAGUCAAAUCCGAUCUCGAGGUGGACACCGAGGCACACCACCUCACUGGCGGCGCUGAGACACGCGUGACUGUCGAGGCGAUUAAGGCUAUGAUUGCCAUCGACGCCUACGACCAGCUGAAUGGCGCCAAGAGCAUCGAGGUUGCCAUCUGCACCCGCGACAACCCCGUGUUCCGCCAGCUCAGCGAGCAGGAGAUUGAGACCUACCUGACUCACAUUGCUGAGAGCGACUGA